ACGAGCGGCGCUACGGUUAAAGACAAAUUAAUAGCCUCUAGCAAAAUAAGCGCAAGCACUAUCGCCUCAAUAAAUGUGGUACCGAAGAGUCCUCAGGAGCCUCUACAUAGGCACGUUUUACCCAUCUUGCCACAUAAUCCACCCAACGAGCAGGCACUCAACGAGCAGGCACCCAACGAGCAGGCACCCAACGAGCAGACACCAGCUCCACGAUAUUCAUAUCAACACUUACAGCUUUUCGAGAACAUGGUUUUAACUAUACAGAAGGCACAAACCGACCUUGAACACAGCAAGGUUACUAAACAUGGCUACCUCAUACUAGAGUCUAGCCCCCUUGACGAAGACUUAUCUGAAUUUUGGGAUGGAUAUGAAGCGGUGCCCUAUAACAAGAAUAUGGUAUAG